AUGGGUUUGAAUCCUCAGGCGUUUCAGAUUCCAGUCAUCAAGUUCUCAAAGGGGCUGAAAGAAUUGGACCGAGGAACUGAAGGGUGGAACAAUUUGUGCGACAAAGUUCGGGAGGCUUGUGAAAAUUAUGGAUGUUUCCAACUAAUGUUUGAAGAGAUACCUAUACAAUUAAAAGCUGAGAUAUUCUCGGUGAUCAGACAGCUUUAUGGCCUUCCUUCGGAUAUAAAGCAGAAAAAUGUUAAUCCAACAAGGCCUGGCCGUGGCUACGUUGGACGGAAGAAUCCUGUCAGUCCCUUGUUCGAGAGUUUUGGCAUUGAAAAUGCCUCUAACUAUGACUCCCUCAAAAGCUUCAUGGAUUUAAUGUGGCCUAAUGGUCAUGAUCACUUCUGCCAAACUGUUAGUUCCAUGAUGAAGUUGCUGGACGAGCUGAGCCAUUUAAUUGGAACGAUGAUUCUUGAUGGUUAUGGUUUGGGAGAGAAAUUAGAGUCAAUCAUGGAAUGUGAGACACUUCUAAGGAUAAUGAGAUACGAAACUAAUUCCACAUCUGGGGAAUCUGUGAAAGGGUUGGCAGCUCAUACUGAUAAAGUAUUGUUUACAUUCCUCUGUGAAGAUCAAGUUUCAGGUCUUGAAGUUGAAACCAAGAACGGGCAAUGGAUUAAAUUGUCUCCAUCUCCUACCUCUUUCAUCUUUAUUGUUGGAGAUCUCCUAAAGGCGUGGAGUAAUUGCAGAAUGCAUGCUGUGAAUCAUAGGGUGAUGAUGACUGGAGAUAAAGAGCGUUAUUCUUUCGGAGUUUUUGCAGUUCCCAUGGAUGCAAGCAAUAUCAAGGCACCAAAAGAGCUUGUUGAUGAAGAACAUCCCCAAGUGCUCAAAGAGUUCCGUUACAAGGAUUAUCUCGAUUUCACCUAUUCGGAGAUGGCAAGUUCCAUAGACUAUCAUAUGCACAUGCUCUCAUUUGCAGGGAUGUAG